GUACUGCCAACAUCGUCGGGCUAUCCUCUCGCUCGAUCCGGCAGAAGCUAUACGAUGCUGCUCGUCGAACGAGAACGGCAGCGAACUCACUGCGGCAGAGUUCGACGAUGCUGCAAUAGAAGAGAUGCUAUCCGCCAAAUGUGAUGCAUUGAAUCUGACGCCUCCGAGGAGAGGAGCCAGAGAGCAAGAGCAUAGUCCAGCGUGGAUGGUCCAACACAAUGCAUCACCGUCAAAUCGGCUUCUUCGGCUAUUGCGUCCUCCCUUGGACCCACCGCGUGUGAGGUUGCGGUAUGAAGGAGGAACGAACGGAUUGGGGACGUACCAUAUUCCGCAUCUUUUUGAAGUGGUGGAGGAGCCUGAACGCCUACAGUCACCUCCUCAUGAGCAGCAAGACUUCUCCAACACACUCCGGAUUGGCGACUUGCAUCUGCAGUAAGAUAUUAGAGAACUACUGUCCGCGUAACGUUAGUGUACUUUUUCUUGUG